GGAACAUCCUGCAAACAAAAACCAAGCACUACAGGGCAUAAAGAAAGGGAAUGUUGUGGCGCUGGAGGCCCUCGGUCUGGCCCUCGGUCGCGAGCUGCCCAUUGCCGGUUCUGCUAAUGCUAGCUUACUUUCACGCUUACCCAGCCGCAGUUACAACAAAAUUAAAAUACAUCAACGAAAGUACAGUGGCAAUUUCUAGCGGUGUGGAGCUUGCCGCUGGAUUCGCGGACGAGAGUGUGAUUCUAAUGAUGGUUGACGUUGACUGGAUUGUCAUUUCGGACGCCGAUUACGCGGGACUGGCGGUGCCCAUCGUGCUGAGGCGCAACGUCACGGUGUUGGGCGCGCGUACCUAGUUGGAGCGGUACCCAGUAAUUGACUUCCAGUUUGUCAGGGCCAAGCUCACGGUGCCGCUGGGCACCAUUCUCACGUUUAGACGCUUCAUGUCGGAGCGAGUGCGCGAGGCAGCAAACUUCCAGGCUCCGGGCUUUGAUUUGAUCACGGACGACUUUCGCGCGGACUACUCCAACCCCAUGGCGCCUCUAGGGCUGGUGCUGUUCGAGGACGGGGUCACCAUGCAUCGUGCCUGCCUGGAGUCCAACGUCAGCGCAACCUCAGUGGCCACCCUACCGCGACCCCCCACCGUGCCCGGCACGCAGGCCGCCUUCCCCCGCACCCUGCCGUACAUCCCGCCCCCCGGCGGCGGCUGCCUGAACAGCAGCGCCGCCGCCGUACCGCUGGCGGCGCGCUGCCUGCCAGCGGCGGGCGGGAUGUACAGCAGCGUUGCGUCGUACGGCCUGAGUCUGGACGCCACGGGUGUCAGGAGCCUGCGUAACGGCUACGUGGCCCAGCUGCAAAACCUGGAGUGGCGGUGCUACAUCCUCAUGACGCCUCAGUGCAUGGCGGAGCGUGGCGUGGUGGGCUGCUUCUACCACCACUACCCCAUGGGGUCGUACAACCCCGCCGCGGUGUACGGCACAAACGGCAGCGUCUCCAUGGCCGACAUGCAGGAGGCGGCGGCGCCGGCGGCGGCGUACGGCAAUAGUGGCGGCGGCGAUGGCGGCGGCCCCUCGGCAGCGCUGCUGGGCGGGGUCAUGGGUGGCGUGCUGGGAGGUCUGGCGCUGCUGGGUGUGGGCGUUGCGGGCUUCCUGCACUCGCGCCGCCGCCGGCGUGCGGGUCGCGAUGAGGCCCACCUGGCCGCAGUCACCAAGGGACUCGGCGGCUCGCACACCGAGCAGGCGUCCAUGGAUGACGCCGUCAAGUACGGCAUCGUGGCCAUCCAUUGCGGCGACAGUGGCGACGGCGACGGCUGGCAGGCGGCUCCGGGCGACCGGCGGGCCGCACGUGAUGAAUGCUUCCAACCGGACGACGCCAAGCCUCCCGUCAGGGCCGCCGCCGCCGCCACCACCGCCGCCGCCACCCCUGGCGCCGCCACCACCACCAGCCGACAACAGGCCACCGGCACCGACGACGCCUCCGGCUCUGUGGCCUACGCCGCCGCACUGGCGGCGGCCGCCGCCGCCUCCAACGCGCCAGCCGUGGCCGCCGCCGCCGCCAUCGCCGCCGCCGCCGACGCCGACGCCGACGCGCCAGUCACGAUGCACACGCCGCUGCAGCAAGGCAUUCCAUUGGAUGUGGUGGUGAUGGUGCUGCACAAGCCUGGAAGGGAUCCUAACGAGAUAGCCUCGGGCUCCUCCAGCGCCCUGCCCUUGCUGAGCCCCAGCCCGCUGCCGGCGGCGGCCAGGCGGCAGCAGCAGGGGCAGCAGGGGCAGCAGACGCAGCAGGGGCAGCAGGGGCAACAGAAGCGGCGGCAAGGGCAGCAGCAGCCUACGCCGCCGCUGCUUCAGCGCGCGUUGGUGUCUGGAGAGGAGGGUGGCCAGGCGGGGGAGGAGGCGGAGGCCGGUGCCGGUGCUGCGCCUGGUGCAGACAGUGUGGGGCCAAACGGGCCGCUAGGCGUUUCCGCCUCGGACACGGGCGUGGGCGCGGGCGCGGCGGGCGCGGGAACUCCGGCGGCUGGCAACGACGGCGCCCGCCCACCACCCGCCGCUACUGGCAUGUCGCCGCCGGCGGUGUUUCCACAGGCGUCGUACACGGGCGGCAGCAGCAGCAGCUGCCACGUCAGCUCGCGGGGCGGCGGGCCGGGCUCGGCGGUGGUCACGUUGCUGCCGGUCACCAUUGGCAAGGGCAGCUUUGGCCGCGUGGUGGAGGGCCUGUUCCUGGGCCGCCCUGUGGCGGUGAAGCUGCUGAGCCUAGGCCUGCUGGACGUCACCGCGGACAUGGAGGCAGCACUGCGGGCGGGAGCGAAGGCGGCGGAAGAGGCGGAGGCGGAGGCGGAGGCGGAGGCGGAGGCGGAGGCGGAGGCGGCGCGACUGGCGGCGGGCAGGCAGCCCGCGGCGGCGCCGGCGGCGCUACUGGAGGGCGCUGUUGGUGGUGCUGGUGGUGGUGCGGGUGGUGGUGCGGGUGGUGGCGGGGCUGCUGCUGCUGGCGGGGCGGGUGCGAUGACGCACCGGGCCGGGGCGCAGCAGGUGCUGGCGCAGGCCAUUGCGGAGGAUUCGGCGGCCGCCGAGGGUGCGGCGGCGGCGAGGCCGGCGGCGGAGGCCCCUGUGGAUGCGCACGCGCUGCCGCCGCCGCCGCCGCCGCCGCUGCCGGAGGAACCUGUGCUGGAGAUGGCGCCGGCGGCGCCGGGGCAGUCGGGGGCCGGCGAGGAUCAGCCGGCGGGGCCGCCGCCGCAACCCCAGCUGGUGCUGCAGGGGCAGCAGCGCUUGCAAGGGCAGCAGCAGCAGCAGCAGCAGCACCCAGCAGAGGAUCACAAGCAGCCGCGCCCACGGGAGGCGGCGGCGUGGCAGCAGGCGGUGAAGGGUCAGGCCACUGGUGCCUCUGACGCCUGCGGCAGCCUGUCACAGGAGAUCCAGGUGUUGGCCCGGUUGCGGCACCCCAACAUUGUCAAGCUACUGGCCGCGAACACCAGGCCGCCCAUGGUGUGCCUGGUGUUGGAGCGUAUGGACACGUCGCUUGAGAAGGUGAUGUACGGGCAGCAGGGCGCCGCGGCGGCCGCGCCGCUGCCGCUCAACAAGGUCAUCCACAUUGCGCUGCAGAUCGCUCGCGCCCUCGCCUACCUGCACCCCACCGUCAUGCACCGAGACCUGAAGCCCGCCAACGUGCUCAUCUCUGCAGCGGACAGCGACCGGCCCCUCGCCAAACUGGCGGACUUCGGCCUGGCUCGGCUACGAGACACGGUGCUGGUGACUCAGAAUCCCGAGGUCGGCACCGGGCCCUACAUGGCACCCGAGACCUUCGACGCCAUUAACUUCACCAUUACCGACCGCUCGGACUGCUACUCCUUUGGGGUUUUGCUGUGGGAGAUGGUCGCAGGCACACUGCCGUGGAAGGGCUUCACACUGGUGAUGGUGGCAUACAUCGUGGCGGUCCUUGGCAAGCGCCUUCCAAUGGAGCCGCUAGUGGCGCGCGGCGCGCCCCACCGCCUGAUCAGGCUCGUCGAGCAGUGCUUCGACACCGACCCGCAGCGGCGGCCUGCGGCUAGUGACCUGGUCAAGGGGCUGUUGCUUGUUCAGGAGCAGCUGGGUCAGGAGGACGAGGUGAGCAAGGCGGUACUACUGCAAGCGGCGCGGCCCAUUUGAGGAGGAGGACGAGGAGGACAAGGAGGAAGAGGUACAUGCCGGAAGUGCCGGGGUUGCGGCAAGCAAGGGAUGCGGGGUGCGGCGAAGGAAUGAAGCUGUACAGUUGGAGCGAGGCGCCUCCAAGGGUGGAACCCGUGAAUGCACAUACAGUAGCAGCUUAUAAGUGAAGCUGGAAUGGAACGGCCAGCGGUGUGGGAUGAAAAUUAUUACACUGGAUGAUGCAAUGUGACACUGCAAAUGGCAUGCACGUGGAUCUUCGUUUCAUUUAAGGGUUACUACUUGCUACAUGCGUUCAUGGCUCAUGGAUCGUGAAGCUCGCCAUGUGCUCCUUAUAGUUCUGCGAGCUGUUUGUCCCAUACCUCCGGGCGCGCACUGUAGGCGCAUUGAAGUGCCGCGGAUGUGGGCUAGUGCGCUGUGGACUGUGUUGCGCGGUUGCGUUGUGGGCGGGCAUUGGUAUACGGUAUAUGUCGUGUUGGGCCCAGCACGCACCCGGCCCGUACUGUACGGCCCGUGCUGUGGGCCGGGUACAGCGCAGGACGCGGCAUCCAACCGCACUCGCGGUUCUAAAACAGGUUCUUUCCAAGAUGAGGCAGACGUUUGCGGCCUCAGACAGGAGACGUCGCGUGGGCGCGGUCCAGUUUUCCCUCGAGAGGAGAGGUGGUCAAUGCAAGACGGAAUGGAUGCAUCGCAAGUAUAUAUAACACGCCCCAUGCCCGAUCCCAUUCGGGAUAGCGUGAGCGUGGCAUGUGUGGAUGAAGAUGAAUUGAAAAUGCGCUUUGGGGAAUGCGUGUGUGUUUCGUGUGAUUGGCAUAGGUGGGGACUCCUCGGUCGUGCGUGGGUUUCGGUCGUGCGUGGGUUUCGGGCUACAUUUCGGGCUACGUGCUGGCACCCUUUUAAAAUGGCUUACAUGCCCUUUGGCAACCGCUCCGCCACAGCACGCUGCAAUGGGCGUGCCGCGUAUUCUUGGUGGUAGACAGCAGGUGGUGUUUGCAGCGGCCAUGGCCCCCAAAAACAUUACGGCUUUGUGCCAUGCUGUCGUGAGGCUUUCAUGGCAUCGUACGUGUGCAUAUCGUAUUAUGUAUACAGGAUUCCAUGGCAGAGGCGCGCAGGGGGGCAAGCCAGUGGGGGCAAACCCUCAACCCCCCUAAAACUUCAACAAUUGAAAUCCGCGCCCAAACGUCUAGGCUCGCUCCGCAUAACGGAGUGAACUCUCCAGACUGUAAACUGAGCUUUUA